CUGAGGCCCCACUUUGGUAUCUUCUCUGAAAUGUCGCAAUCCCAGCCUUGCUCUCUAGAAACCCUCGUCUGAAAGUUCGUGCACUAAUUAUACAGCGGGACCUUCUCAGCGUGGUCCUUUUAUAUCCUUAUGAAAUAUCGGGCCUGGUACUCCUACAGACUGAGUCUCCUCUUCGUCGGUAAUUUUAUAGUCGACUCAAAAGUCUCCAGUAAUAUCGGGCCUAGCACUCUUACAGUCUUCUCCUUAAUGUUGUAGGUGAUCCUUAAGAAUUCUCAGCGUGAUCCUGUUAUAUCCUUCUGUAAUAUCGGGCCUAGUUUUCCUAUAGACUUCUUUCUUCGUCAGAGGAGCCCUCCUUCGCAGUCCGAUCGGGCUAAGCCAUAGAACUCGCAUAAUCUCCUUAUCGACGCAGCCAUGGCGGAUUCAGUAAAAACUAGCCAAACCAAAGGCUUGACUGUCCAAUCGUCGCAAAUACCUCCUUGCGGCACUAUGCAUCAUUCCUCGCCUGUGUCAACAACAAGCGGAAUACCUUUCGCGAGUAAGCUCGUAUGGGGUACGAUAGGCACCAUCGCCCUCGUUUUAGUCACUUUCCUCGCCACGCGUCACACCUUCGACGCUGUAAGUUCCUACGGCCUUCGCCGGCUCGCGCUGGCCGGCGUCCCGCGGAGGUCACUACUAGCAGCAGGUGGUGCGUCCACGCCGACCCUUGAUAUCGAUUCACCUGAGACGCUUUCCCGUAGAAGAUCGCUAGCGGCAGCUGGAGCUGCUAAAGCAGGCGGUGGCGGCAGCGGCGGCGGCGGCGGCGUUUCCGGGUCGCGAGGCAAGCUGGAUCCGGGAUUCGUGGCGAAUAUCACGGCGGGAGUGAAGGUGGUGAUUGGCAGGGUGUACGCGAUAAAGAAGAGCCGCGGUAAAACGAAGAUAACGGAUUCCUGCUCAAACGACUGCCUCUCGCUGAUGAGCACUGCCGAGUACCAUCUCAGCAGCGUCGCAAAGGCGCUCAAGAGUAAAACCAGCUCAAAGGACGUCCCGUUUUGGCUGAUGGCCGCGCAAGACCAGGUUACGACGUGCCUGGAAGGGUUCCGGGAGUUUUCGCCGUCGACUCUCACCACACCAGUUGGGAAGUCCCUCCAGGUCACGACGUGCCUGGAUGGGUUCCGGGAGUUCUCGCCGACUCUCGCCACACCAGUUGGGAAGUCCCUCCAGGUCACGACAUGCUUGGACGGGUUCCGGGAGUUCUCCCCUGCCACUCUCACCACACCUGUUGGAAAGACCCUCCAGUCCCAUGGUAAUCGAGUGAAGAAACUUCUUAGCAAGGCCAUUCAACUCUCGCUUCACUUGUGACGCUAUGGAACAGCCAAGAAUAGGGUUAAACAUGACAAGGACAACUCGGAUUAUAGCAGAUGAGCAGUAGGAAUGUCUGACAUGCCACGGCAUGGUGAGAUUCACAUCACAUGCUUUGAAGGCUCUGUUAGUACAGAACGGCGUGGAGCUCUGUAUAUUAUUCAGAUUUAUGUUUCAGAGCGAUUUAUUCAACUGAGUGUGGUUGGAAUGCAUUUCCACUUUGCCGAUUUCAAAUAUUAUAGACU